AGAUUAAAUUUUUCUAUUAUAAAUAAAUAGGGAGUAAUCAAUUGAUACAUUGAUCCAAAAUCAUAACAAAAAAAGAAAAAAUAUUGAGAAGGGUGUAAAAAUGGGAUCUUUUUUUGUUCUAUUGCCUUAUCUUACUUUUGAGUUGUUCUUAUUGUUGUUGCUUACUCACUUUACUUCCUAUACUUUCUCAUUAUGCAACCAUCAUGACAAGUUUGCCUUGUUACAAUUCAAAAACUCACUUGCUAUCAACACAUCAUCCAAACCUGAUAUUUGGUAUGUUUGUUCCUCUUUUUCUUUCAAGACAGAGUCUUGGACAAACAAUACAGAUUGUUGCGAGUGGGAUGGUGUCAUGUGCAACCCUGUGUCAGGUCACGUGAUCAGUCUAGAUCUCAGCUGCAACAAUCUGAAAGGUGUAUUACAUCCCAAUAGCACUAUUUUUCAGCUUAACAACCUUCAACAACUCAACUUGGCUUUUAAUGAUUUUUCUGGUUCUUUGAUGCAUGCUGAAAUUGGUAAUCUUGUGAGUCUCACACAUCUUAAUUUAUCAAACACUGGUAUUAGUGGUAAUAUUCCCUACACAAUCUCUUACUUGUCAAAAUUAGUAUCACUUGAUCUCAGCAAUAACGGGUACAUGAGCCUGAAACUUGAUCCAUUCACAUGGAAGAAACUCAUUCAUAACGCUACAAAUUUAAGAGAGCUUCAUUUGGAAGAUGUGAAUAUGACUUCCAUAAGAGAGAGUUCUUUGUUGCUUCUAAAGAACUUGUCGUCCUCUUUGGUCUCUCUUAAUCUAGCAUCCACUGAGUUGCAAGGAAAUUUGUCAAGUGACCUCUUCUAUUUACCUAAUCUAAAAGUAUUAGAUUUGUCAUAUAAUUAUUACCUUGGCGGUCAACUUCCAAAGACCAAUUGGACCAGUCCUUUGAGGUACUUGGACCUAUCUUCCACCACUUUGUCAGGUGAAAUUCCUUAUUCUAUAGGCCAGUUGAAAUAUCUUACUCAAUUAGUUCUUUCAUAUUGUAAUUUUGAUGGGUUGGUUCCUCCAUCCUUGUGGAACCUCACUAAACUCAAAUACUUGGACCUUAGUUACAAUAAUCUUGAAGGUGAGAUCUCCAAUGUUUUUGGUCCCUUGCCAACCUCAUGCAUCAAGAACUUUCAAGGAAUGAAGAAUUUGAAUGUCACUCAAACUGGUUUGCAAUACAUGAUGGGUAAUUACAAAAACUACAAUGAAUCUGUGGUGGUUAUAAUGAAAGGUUUUUUUAUGAAUCUAACAAGGAUAUUGACUAGUUUCACAACUAUUGAUUUAUCAAAUAACAUGUUUGAAGGUGAAAUUCCAGAAGUCAUUGGAGAAUUAAAUUCUCUCAUAGGCCUUAACCUUUCAAACAAUGGAAUCACUGGUACCAUUCCAAAAUCUCUUGGUAAUUUGAUAAAUUUGGAGUGGUUGGACCUGUCAAGGAAUCAUUUGACAGGUGAGAUUCCUGAGAGUUUGUCAAAUUUGACUUUCCUGUGUUUCUUGAACCUUUCACAAAACCAGCUUGAGGGAAUCAUACCUACAGGUAAACAGUUUGACACAUUUGGAAAUGUUUCAUAUGAAGGAAAUGCAAUGUUGUGUGGAUUGCCAUUGUCUAAAUCAUGCAAAAAUGACAAAUAUCAGCUACCACAAUCAACAUCUAAUGAUGAAGAGGAAACAGGUUUUGGAUUUGGAUGGAAAUCAGUAGCAAUAGGAUAUGGAUGUGGUGCAGUAUUUGGAGUGUUGUUGGGAUAUAAUGUGUUUUUGACAGGUAAACCAAGAUGUCUUGCAACUUUUAUUGAAAAUAUGUUUCGCAUAAGACUGAAAAGGACACAUUACAGAGCUGGUGCAAAUCAUAGAGGAAUUAACUAAUUUCAUUUGUCAUGUGCUUCUUUUCAGAUAUAUAUAGACAUGGUUGUUUGUAAUUUGAACUUGUGUGUUUAAGUAAUGUGGUUUUAUCUAUUUUAAUUUCACUAUGUUGUCUAUUUCAAGUUGUUAUACAAAUAAGAAAAUUAGUGAUCAACUUCUUUCAUCUUAUUUUCAAGAUAUUGUUAUGUAUCUAUAA